UAUAAAAACUAGUGUGGCUGUGGACAGGACAUCAAUCUUUCUGCCAACGUUGGUCAAGCAACAUCGGAUAUCAUUAUUCGCAACCUGGAAAAUCUGCAACAGAAGCAGCAACGGAGUGCUAUCGACUUGCUAAGGAAAUCCACACCGGUCUUUGUGUUUUUUUAGAUACUUAUCCGCACAAAUCGAACAAAAAUGCCGCGUUACCAGAAGCUCAUCAACGAAUGCGACAGCAAACCCGCAGCAAUUGCCGCCCAACAACAGCAGCAACAUCGCUAUCAGCAGCAGCCACUUGGGACGCCCAAUGUGGGAUAUCACAUUUAUCUGUACCGCCAGCAACUUGCUCAGAAAAAUGUGGAGUACAUGAGGUUGUCCAAGGCAAAGUACUUCAUCACGGACACAUUGCUGGCCAAAACGGUUCGGAAUCUGAAAGGAUGCAGCGUCGACGAACUGAAGACUGUUAAUCAUCAGAUCGUCUUCCGGCAUAAACUUCGUCACCAGAUUCAGCGACUCCGCAAGCUAAGAAGUUUGGGUAUCAAGAAUGCCAAUCCCAAAAUGGAGAGCACGGAAUUGUGAUGGUGAUCAUCGGAGUACAUUUAGUGAUAUUCAACGAAUAUUUUCCAGCUAUGAUUUAAGCAUAGUUCAAAAAAUUCUCUAUUACCUCUAACCGUUUUGAAAAUCUGUAGUAUAAUGCAUGUAACGUAUAUUUUGUCAUUAGUUUAAGUGGCGGGCUGCAUAAAUUUAUAAAAUUGUAUUGUUUAUUGAUAACUACUCAUAUUAAAAUAGAAACGUAUUAAUGGA